AUGCAGGAGAACUACGAGACGGUGACCUCGCUGGGAUUCCCCUUUCCCAAACCUGAGCUGAUCGCCCGGCUGGAACGAGGGGAAGAGCCGUGGGUGCCCGGUCUCCGGGACUGCAAGGAAAGAAGGCUUCCGAGAUGCACCCAUACAGGUGCUGAGCGAGGGAGUGAGAAUGAGGAGGGGAAUCAUCAUGAGGAAGUUCCCAGGGAAGUGGAACUGCAGGGGACCUUUGUGGGAAGAGAUGAAGGGAAUUAUUCCCAGUGCUUGGAGCAGGAAGAAGGCUGGGGAAACUGGCACAGGUCAGAGAGGCUUCUGGAAAACCACCCAGGGAAGAAAGUGGAUGAAUCUAUUAACGGUGGGGGAGGAGACAAGGAUCCCAGAGCGCAGCAGACAAAUCCCAAGGAAGAGACACCCGGGCACUACCCUCAGUGUGGGAAAGAAUUCAUUGCAAUCCACACAGGAGAGAGACCCCACAAGUGCUUGGACUGUGGGAAAAGCUUCAUACAGAAUUCACACCUAGUUCGUCAUCAGGCAAUCCACACAGGAGAAAGACGGCACAAGUGCUUGCACUGUGGGAAAAGUUUCAUAAGAAAGUCACACCUUGUUAAACAUCAGGCAUUACACACAGGAGCGAGACCCCAUAAGUGCUUGGACUGCGGGAAAAGUUUCAUACAAAGGUCAGACCUUGGUCAACAUCAGGCAAUCCACACAGGAGAGAGACCCCACAAGUGCUUGGAAUGUGGGAAAAGUUUCAUAAGAAAGUCAAACCUUGUUAAACAUCAGGCAAUCCACACAGGAGAAAGACCCCACAAGUGCUUGAACUGUGGGAAAAGUUUCAUAAGAAAGUCAAACCUUGUUCAACAUCAGGCAAUCCACACAGGAGAGAGACCUCACAAGUGCUUGCACUGUGGGAAAAGUUUCAUGAAAAGGUCAGACCUUGUUAAACAUCAGGCAUCACACACAGGAGCGAGACCCCACAGGUGCUUAGACUGUGUGAAAAGUUUCAUACACAGGUCAGAGCUUGUUAAACAUCAGGCAAUCCACACAGGAGAGAGACCCCACAAGUGCUUGGACUGUGGGAAACGUUUCAUACAGAGGUCACACCUAGUUCGUCAUGAGGCAAUCCACACAGGAGAGAGACCCCACAAGUGCUUGGACUGUGGGAAAAGUUUCAAAAGAAGGUCACACCUUGUUAAACAUCAGGCAAUCCAUACAGGACAGAGACCCCACAAGUGCUUGGACUGUGGGAAAAGUUUUAUACAAAGAUCAGACCUUGUUAAACAUCAGGCUUUACACACAGGAGAACGACCUCACAAGUGCUUGAACUGUGGGAAAAGUUUCAUAAGAAGGUCACACCUUGUUAAACAUCAGGCAAUCCACACAGGAGAGAGACCCCACAAGUGCUUGGAUUGUGGGAAAAGUUUCAUACAGAGGUCACACCUAGUUCGUCAUCAGGCAAUCCACACAGGAGAGAGACCCCACAAGUGCUUGGACUGUGGGAAAAGUUUCAAAAGAAGGUCACACCUUGUUAAACAUCAGGCAAUCCACACAGGAGAGAGACCCCACAAGUGCUUGGACUGUGGAAAAAGUUUUAUAAGAAAGUCAAACCUUGUUCAACAUCAGGCAAUCCACUCCGGAGAGAAACCCCACAAGUGCUUGGACUGUGGGAAAAGUUUCAUGAAAAGGUCAUACCUUAUUAAACAUCGGGCUAUCCACACAGGAGAGAGACCCCACAAGUGCUUGGACUGUGGGAGAAGUUUUAUAAGAAGGUCACACCUUUUUUAUCAUCAGGCAUUACACACAGGAGAGAGACCCCACAAGUGCUUGGACUGUGGGAAAAGUUUCAUACAGAGGUCACACCUUGUUACACAUCAGCUCCCUCCGCCUAAAUGCCGGUGGCGACUGGGGCUGCUGAAGAUCCGGCCACCGUGGUCGCUGCUGAAGAAAAUGGUGCCCCCCAAAUCCUAG